GCUCAGAGCUGGGGCAGCUCCGACGGGCUCCAGUCUUCUGCAAGGAGAGGAAGGCCUCAGCCGAGGAAGAAAGGACUCUCCUCUCCCACCCACAAGGUUGCCAUCCAGGCAACUCCGAAGAGAGACAAAGGUUGGGAGGGGGCUGCGCCCAGAGGGAAGUGGGCACCUUCGCCAGUCCCUGCCUGGGAUGCCAGAUUUGUCUUGGAUGGUGGUGUCUGUGGUCAGAGGAACCUUCCUGGAAUCCACUAUGGCGCUCCAAGGCCCACCAUGCCGCCUCGGACCCAAGGAGUCUCAGCUUCUGCUUUAACAUCUGGCACACAACACUGGGAUUGUGCCCCAACCCAGGAUGGGGCCUUGUGAGGAAGGCUGUUGGCACCACACUCACUUGGACUCAUGACUGUGCCGCUAGAAGUGCCCUGGAAGUGGGCGUGGGCAACCAGGGAGCCUGGGAGCGGCACUGAGGCACUUUGGGGCACCCCCAUGGCCUGGUCGGGGGAUGCAUGGGAUGGAGCCCCUCUGCAACGCUUCCACCAACUGGAGCUGCCAGGCGACCCCUAGAGUCCCUUACUCACCUCUGUCCACCGCACUCAUUCUGCUGGCGGUGCUGACUGUGGCACUUGUGACGCUGAUGGGGAAUGUGCUGGUAGUGCUGGCUGUGUACACCAGCCGUGCUCUUCGGGCCCCACAGAACCUCUUCCUGGUGUCGCUGGCUGCAGCUGACAUCCUCGUAGCCACCCUCAUCAUCCCCUUCUCCCUGGUCAACGAGCUCAUGGGCUACUGGUGCUUUGGCCCCCUUUGGUGCAGCCUCUACCUGUCACUGGAUGUGCUGUUCUGCACCGCCUCCAUCAUGCACCUGUGUGCCAUCAGCCUGGAUCGAUACUGGGCUGUGACCAGGGCUGCCCGCUACAACCUCAAAAGGAGCCCCCGGAGGGUGAAGUGCACGAUCGGGGUUGUGUGGGCCAUCGCCGCCUUCGUGUCCUUGCCUCCGCUGUUCAAGUCGACAUCUCAGGCCUGGAAGUGCCAGCUGCACGAUGACACCUGGUACGUUCUGGCUUCUUGCACCGCCUCCUUCUAUGCCCCUUGCCUCAUCAUGGUUGCAGUCUACUGCCGGAUCUAUCACGUGGCCAAGCACAGGAACUCGAUAGUCCUAGCUGCCAGACGUGCCUCUCACCCCACCCUCAUCACUGCCGUCAAGUGUGCCACUUUCCAAGCCAACACCCAGCAGCCCCCCGGAGAAGUGCAGAGUCCCGAUCUGGAGCAAGGCCAGCUCUCUCUCAACCUGCCCAGCUUGCCCCGGCCCUCUCGGCAAUGGUGGGCAGAAGAAGCCAGCAAUAGCGGUGCCAGACCUCAAAAGACCCAGAGGCUUUCCUGGUCAAUUCCCUCCAGCCGGAAGCACCGCAGAAGCAGGGACUUUUCCAUCUCCAGUAACCGACUGAUUCAAUUGAGAGAGCGCAGGUUCACCUUUGUCCUGGCUGUCAUCAUUGGGGCUUUUGUGCUCUGCUGGUUCCCAUUCUUUUUCAUGUACAGCCUUGAAUCCGUGUUCGGGGAAGACUGCUGCAUCUCCAGGACUCUCUUCAAAUUCUUCUUCUGGAUUGGUUACUGCAACAGCAGCCUCAACCCCAUCAUCUACACUGUCUUCAAUCGGGACUUCCGUCGGGCCUUCCAGCACCUUCUGUCUCGUGCCUGCCAACUUUCAUGUCGAAAAUGAGGGUUCUUCUUUAGGGCUGGAGGCUGAAAAGAGCUCUUGGGCCUGAGUCUGAAAUGUCAUCCUAAGGUUGCAGUGAAGGUAACUUGAGGCGGAGGAACAGUUUGGCUGUAAGUGUGCUGAAGAACUUCCAGUGAAGGAUACACAUGCCAAAAAUAACAGGCUUGGGAUGCUUGACCAGGAUAUGGAGGACUGAUAGGCUUGGUCAUAGCAUAGUGCCAAGUUUGUAUUCCUGCCUGC